CCAUUGUGUUCGAUUAGCUGGUGUAAUUCAAAAUGGCAGCCUAGUGUGGGGAAAAAGUAAUGCGGUUAUUAUGUCAACAUGUCACUUUUGAGACUCUGUACCUUUCCAAAGUGUCUGAGUGGUCGCAUACUGUUGGAAAUACGUGUUCGUCGUAUGCCAUAUGCCGACCAUUGCCUUACAAUCCGGAAUAACAUUGAAAGGCACAUUUCAGAGCCACCAUGGACAUCACAACGAAGACAUUUCUCAGCUCUGAUCCCAAAGAAAGAAGAUGGGAAAAAACGAGUAUGGGAACAAUCUCAGCUGCUGGAUGUGCUCGAAGCCAGGAUCCAGCAACUCCAAUCUGACGUCAUUGUAGAUGUCCAACAUGAAACGGUGCAAUUUGUCAAAGCUUCCAAGUCAGGGAUAAGGGCUUCUUCAGGGAACAGUCCCAAGAAUGUGUCUGGGGAGAGGACUGAGGUGCCCAAGGCGGGACAGACUAUUAGUAAGGGAGGAGGUCAGACUGGUAAAGGAGAGGGCAAAGAUGUCUCAGCCUCCAAAUCCCGCUGGAUGGAGAAACUGAGCCAGGAGAAGAAGACUAAAACAAAGAAACUGAAGCAGAAGUUAGGACUAGAGGAUAAACCUGUGAAAAGCAGCAAAGGCAAACUGAUGCUACCAGGUACCUCACAUAAAACCAUAUCGACAAAAGCAGGAAUACAGACUGCAUCAACUGUUAAAAAGAGCAAAACUCUGAAAAACCAAGAGCACACCGUGGCAGCUUCAAAGCACGAGCACACUAUGGCAGCUGCACUGGUUGCUAACCCUAUUAGAAAAGCCAAAGGGAAGGGGAAAGCCUUGAAGGAGCCGACUCCUGAGUUGUCGGAGGCCAGGAACAGGGCCGAGGAGCUGGAGAGUAAGGCUGAAGCCAAGGCCCGGGAGCUGGCAGAGGUGGAGGAGCUGGAGAGGAAGCUGAACCAGUGGGCUGUGUCGGCCAGCCCUGAGCUCGUGCAGGAUAACAGCGAGGCCAGGGUGUACGGCGACAUCCAGCGCAGUGUGCGCUGCUACCUGGAGGCCUGUGUGUUCUGUGGGGACAUCGACAGAGCCCACCGCUUUCUGCUCGGCCACCACCGUAUGCUCAGCCGACGCAACCUGCUCAACAUAGGACUCUACAACAUCAUGAUGAGGGUCUGGGCCAAGAAGGGCACUUUAAACCAGAUUGGCCGUAUGUUCAUUCUGAUAGAAGAGGCUGGUCUGAAGCCUAACCUUGGCUCUUACUGUGCUGCUCUGGAGUGUAUGGGUCGAAACCCUGACUGUUCCCCACAUGUCAUCAACAGGGUCCUGCGUCAGAUGGAGGAGGAUGGCCUGCCUGUGGACGAGCUGUUCAGUCACUGUGUGUUCAGGCAGGACGAGAGGGACAUGGUGCUCAGAGCCAUCCACACCGUGCAACCAGACUUCCAGCCCACCAUCAACACUAUCCUGCAAACCUGCUCCUCACCACUAGUCAAAGACUUCUACACAGAGAGAGCGGAUGCUAAAUACCCCAAGAUGGCCUUCAGCCUGGAGGAGCUGCGGGAGAGGUUCAGCCGUCAGCUGAGCAUGGAGCAGGCCAGCACCAUCACCAUUCACUCUGUGGAGGCCAUGAAGCCCGUCACCUCACACAUGGCCAAGAUGCGGGACCUUCUGGCAGUGCAGCGGUUAGUGUGGCACAAAGCCCUGGUUGGGGCCCUGAGGGAGAGCAAGAUGAUCCUGGCCAGCAGCACCCAGAAAGCCGUCAGACUCAGCCUCUACCCCUACCUCUGUCUGCUGGAUGAAAAGGACUAUGUAGACAUCAUGAUCCAGAGUCUGUCCAACCUGCCUCCCAGUGGGGAGUCUCUCCACAUCCUGGCCAAGGAGAUAGGCAACCGGGUGCACAACAUGUUCUGCAUCCGCACGAAGGGACACAAUCAGAUGGUGGACAAGCUUAGCCAUAUCUACAAUGAAUAUACUGAGCUACUGGCCAAAGACUCUAAGGAGUUUGACGUAUUGCCUAGGGAGCGAUGGUGGAAGCUGGAGGCGGAGCAUAGCUCUGGUCCCUCCCUGCUGGGGGACGAGACCCACUGGCCUCACAUGGUGGUGGUGGAGCUGGGUACCUACCUGGUGGACCUCAUGGUCAAGCACAUGAAAGUGAACAGCGACACCCUCAGCUCUGCCUACGACCGAAAGCUCAUCCCUGUGCUCUACCACAUGUACACCUUCCGUAGUAACAAACAGGUCGGCUUCAUCAAGCCGCACCCCAUCCUGACGCAGAUGCAGCAGGACGCCAUGGACACCACGCUGACCUUUGACUCCUACGUGAUGCCCAUGCUGUGCCCCCCCGUGCCCUGGACCUCGUCUAAAUUCGGAGCUUACCUCCUCACCCCCACCAAAAUGAUGCGUGCGGUGGAAGGCGCCAACCAGCAUGAGAUCCUGCUGGAGAAGUGCCAGGAUGCUGACCUCCAUGCCGUGCUGGACUCCCUCAACCAGUUGGGCAACGCGGCCUGGAGGAUCAACCAGCCCCUGCUGGACAUCAUCAUCUCCAUCUUCAAUGACAAGGGUAGCGAGAAGCUGGACGUCCCGCCGCCCAACUCCGAGGCUCCUAAGAUUCCCCGCUACAACCAGCAGGACUCGGCCACCUUCACCUCAGCCGAGAAGGCCCACCUGAAGAGGGAGGUGGUUAAUGCCAAGAAGAAGUGCAGUGAGAUGCACAGCCUCAGGAUGGACGCCCUCUAUAAACUCUCCAUCGCCAACCACAUGAGGGACGAGGUCUUCUGGUUCCCCCACAACAUGGACUUCCGUGGGCGCACAUACCCGUGCCCGCCCUACUUCAACCACCUAGGCAGUGAUGUGACCAGGUCCGUCCUGGUGUUUGCGGAGGGGAAGCCCUUAGGGCCGGGCGGGCUGGAAUGGCUGAAGAUCCACCUGGUCAACCUGACGGGCCUGAAGAAACGCAGCUCGCUGGCUGGCAGGCUGGAGUAUGCCAACUCCAUCAUGGACGACAUCCUGGACUCUGCAGACAACCCUCUCAUCGGUAAGAAGUGGUGGCAGAAUGCAGAUGAACCCUGGCAAACCCUGGCCUGCUGUAUGGAGAUAGCCAACGCCGUCAGGUCACCUGACCCCACACACUUCAUCUCCCACUUUCCUGUACAUCAGGAUGGCUCGUGUAACGGCCUGCAGCACUAUGCAGCCCUGGGUCGAGACGUGAUUGGUGCCACCUCUGUGAACCUUAUUCCCUGCGAGGAGCCCCAGGAUGUCUACAGCGGGGUGGCACAGCAGGUGGAGGAGUUCCGUGCGCGGGAUGCGGAGAAGGGUCUGAAGGUCGCCCAGGUGCUGGAGGGCUUCAUCAGCAGGAAGGUGGUGAAGCAGACGGUGAUGACGGUGGUGUACGGGGUGACGCGCUACGGAGGACGCCUCCAGAUAGAGAAGAGGCUCAAGGAGAUUGAUGACUUCCCCAAGGAGUAUGUAUGGGAUGCCUCUCACUACCUGGUCCACCAGGUGUUCAGCAGUCUGAAGGAGAUGUUCACCGGCACUAGAGAGAUCCAGGACUGGCUGACGGAGAGCGCCAGGCUCAUCGCUAAGUCAGGCAGCACGGUAGAGUGGGUGACACCCCUGGGCCUUCCCAUCAUCCAGCCCUACCACCGCAGCCGGACACAGAUGCUGAAGGCCACCAUCCAGUACCUGAGUCUCCAGAUCACCCACGACUCUAAAGAGAGACCAGACACUGUGAAACAGAAGAAUGCCUUCCCUCCUAACUUCAUCCACUCUCUGGACUCCACACACAUGAUGCUGACCGCUCUCUACUGCUACAGCGCCGGCCUGACGUUCGUCUCCGUCCACGACUGCUUCUGGACCCACGCCAUCACAGUCGACACCAUGAACAAGGUUUGCCGGGAGCAGUUUGUGGCACUGCACAGCCAGCCCAUUCUUCAAGAGCUGUCCAACUUCCUACUGAAAAAAUACUGCUCUGGGCAACUGAGCGAGGUCAAAAGCAAAAAGUUUCUGGAGUACCGUAGAAUGCUGCUGCUGCUGGCCAAAGUGCCCCAAACAGGCAACUUUGAUCUCCAGCGGGUAAAGGAUUCCACUUACUUCUUCAGCUGAGAGGAACAGACAGACAGGAAACAGAAGCCAAUGGAGGGAGAUGAGUGGGAUUGACAGGCUGUGAGGCUGAACACUGGGAGGGCUGCGUGGGGCUGGGAGGCUGGGAGGUCUUGUCUCCCUCAGACAUCGGCUGAUUGAUCCACAGCCCGCUGGGCGAAGCCAAGGCCUUCGGAAGCAGCUCAAUCACUCAUAGUGACCCAGACAGCCAGCUACAGACCAUUGUGGGAGGAGAGGAGGAGAGGCCAGCUCUGGAGAGGAGAGGAGAGCAGCUUCCCCACUCUGGACUGAAGAUCUCAACAGAGCUCAAUUAUGACCCAUGCUUUGACUUUCACUCUCCUGUUACUGUAGUGUGUGGAUGGUUGUGAGAAUGUUUCCGUGUGCGAAUGACAUUUCUUGACGAGAAUGUGAGCGUUGCAUUAUACUGUAUUACGCUCGUGUUCCUCGCACCUGUGUGUCCUCCCCUUAUUAGGAAUACCCCCAUUACAUAAAGAGCCAGAGACACUAAGAGAGACUUCUGAGUGAGCGUUGAUCAGCGGUGUAGCCCAGUGUGGUCAGUCUGUGCCCUCCAUCCCCCCUCCUUCUCUGGGCAGAGUCGGUCGGCUCUCUCCCUCCGGCUAACACCUGGGUCAUUAAGCACAUGAUCCUGCCUUUCAUCGAUUCAGAGGCACCCAGGAAGAGAUGCCCACUCUCACAUUUCGAGCGAUACUUAAUUUACCUCACAAGUUUCCAAUAGAGACAGUUACUCUCACUUACAGAGAGAGGGAAGAAGAUAGAAAUUAUGGAUGGGAAUGAGGGAGAAAUCUGUGACUUCGUGUUCUUAUUUUCACCUUUUGGAGUAAUUAAGCAAUAGAUUUUUUUAAAUAAACAUGUAUUUCUUAAA